AUGGCUUCAUCAAUUGUCCUCCUAAUCUCCAUUCUAUUACCUCUUUCUCUCGUGCUCGGAGACGCUGACUUGAUCCAGAAAGUUUGCCAGAAGACACAGUUUCCCGAUCUAUGCACAUCGACAUUAAACACCUCCCGGUUUAGCAAACCUGCAGAUGUAAGACGUCUAGCCACUAUUAUGAUUAAUGCUGGCUCUGCUAGUGCUGCAGACACAUUCAGAUUCAUACUCGCUGAGCUUGUUAAAACUGUUUCUGAUCCAGCCGCAGUUAAAGCGUUUAAGAGAUGCAGCGAAGAAUAUAAAGAAGCCAAGACUUCUCUGGAUAUAUCAAGUGAAUAUUCGAGCUUCUUGGACUACGAAAUGGCAUUGAAAAAAUUAAAUUAUGGCAGAGAUCAUGCUGAUAGGUGCCGUGAUUCGUUUACUUUGUUCAAUCCUCCAUUGUCUUAUCCUGAUGCACUGGAACAAAGAGAAGUCAGAUUUGUGGAGUUGGUUGAUGUUGCUGCUGAUAUCAUCAAACAACAUCUUGUGCAUGUUAAUUAA